AUGGAUCUCAACAGCGAGCCCAAACCCUACGAUGCUGAUGCGAAAUCUGCCCGCGCCUGGGACACCGAAAUGUCUCGAGUCGAGUCCAGCAAGAUAGCCGAGCAGUUUGAGCUGCAAGACGGCAAUGGCACGCAGAGGAAAAUCAAACCCAGACACGCCCAGAUGAUAGCCAUUGGUGGCAGCAUCGGCUCCAGCCUGCUGGUGAAUACCGGCGAGGUCCUUGCUAUUGGCGGCCCCCUUUUCUUGUUUCUAUGCUACGUUUUGAUGUCCUGCUUGGCCUAUGCUAUUCUCACAGCCAUCAUCGAAAUCGGAGCAUACUUGCCAGUCGCCGGAGGCUCGAUGGCCUUCAAUUGCAAGCGUUAUCUAUCCCCCUCUAUCGGGUUUGCUUUAGGGUGGCUCUACUUCUACAGCUUUGCCCUCAUUAUUCCAUACGAGGUUACCGUCAGCACCCUGCUGAUCGACUACUGGCCGAACAAUGUGCCAAUUGCGGCUUGGAUUACUAUCAUGGGUCUCGUGAUUAUUUCUCUGGGCUUCUUCCCCGUGCGUGUGUACGCCGAAUCCGAAUUCUGGCUUACGUUGGUCAAAGUCGUAAUGUUAGUCGGGCUUCUCAUCCUUUCUCUAGUCAUUAUGUGCGGAGGUAGCGAUGAAGGGGUGGUCGGCUUCAGGAACUGGGACGGGCAUAGCCUUGUCAACGAGUACCUGGUACCCGGGGCAGGAGGGCGAUUCACUGCCUUUCUUGAAUGCUGGGUUAUAGCCGGAUUCUCCUUUUAUUUUGCCCCGGAAAUGCUAGUCCAGUCUGCCGGUGAAAUGCACAAUCCUCGCAAAAGCUUACCAAAGGCAGCUCGCCGCUAUUUUUGGCGUCUGAUCUUCUUCUAUAUCCUCGGAGCACUUGCAAUCGGUAUUACUUGUCGUUCUGAUGCACCAGGAUUGCUCUCAGGCGCUGGCAAUGCCAAUGCAUCUCCCUGGGUAAUCGCUAUUCGUGAAGCCGGCUAUGCGGUCUUACCCUCCAUCAUCAACGUCGGGAUUCUUUUGAGCGCGUGGUCUGCGAGCAACGCCUAUCUGUACCUUUCCAGUCGAACUCUUUAUUCUCUUGCCGUCGCUGGAGAUGCCCCGAAAAUGUUCAAACGAUGCACAAAAAGCGGCAUACCUCUUAACGCUGUUAUAGCCAGUGCUAGCUUCUUUCUGCUGGCAUAUAUGAACGUACGCGCCGAGGCCGGAAAGGUCUUCAAUUGGCUUGUCAGCGUCACCAAUAGCUCUGGAUUGACUUCCUGGAUAGUCUGUUGCAUUAUAUUCUUCCGUUUCCGCAAGGCCUGCCAGGUCCAGGGCGUGACUGUUCCCUACAAAUCCCGCUUUCAGCCCUAUGGCUCAUGGGUAGCCAUAUUCCUUUUCAGCUUUCUCUUGCUAGCAAACGGUUUCACUGUUUUCUACCCCGGAGACUGGAGCCUGAGUGGGUUUUUGACAAAUUACAUUGGAAUACCCAUCUUCAUUCUGCUGUGGCUGGCUCAUAAACUCACAGUCGGAAGAAAUGAUCCAUGGUUUCUUUCAGCCAGUGAGAUUGAUAUGACAACCAGUCUCCAGGAGAUUGAGGCAGAUGCAGAGUUGUGCAAUAGGAUGGACGAAAUGGAAAUUGAAACGAAGGGUGAGAAGCCAAAAUGGUUGAGGGCACUGACUAUUCUUUGGGAUUAG